AUGGAUCAAAUGGAAACAAUGGAUUUAACAAUGGAUUUGAGUAUGCGUAAUCAAAAACAACAAAAUCAACCUACACCACAAGUUCGUCCAAUAUUAAAUCCUAUGGCUGCUGGUAGAAAUUCUCCAACAGUUGCAAUUGGAAUUGGUCAACCAUUAGCUCCUCCUCCACCUCCUCCACCACCACCAAAACAACAACAAUAUUCUACACCAACGACAAAUCGUGUUUUAUCUAAAAGUAAAUAUGCUCAAUUAUUAAAUGUUAUUGAAGAAAUGGGCAAAGAUAUCAAACCAACAUAUGCGGGAAAUAAAAAUUCAGCAGAACGUUUACGACGAGCUAUUGCAUCUGCACGUGUACUUGUACGUGAAUGUCAAUUAGAAUGUGAUAGAAAUAGUAGACCAUAA